AUGACCAUGCUGUCGUCUUUCAAACACGAGGCUAAGCAGCAGGCGGUGGAGGAUCUCGCUCGCGAUCCUGACUCGAGAGUCUCCGCUUCAGAUGUCGAGAAGACAAUCCUGGAAGAAAGCCGUAAGGCUGGUGCACCUACCUUCAUCUUCGAUCCAGCUGCCUCUCCAGAAGAGAAGGCUGCACAGGCCAGGGCUCGAGGAAAUGCCUUGCACACAAACCGACCGAAAGGUGCUGGCCUCAAAUCCGACAUCAACGACGGUCCCGACGACUACGACCUGCCUCCUCCCUCCACCGCUGGUGUUGUAGUACCAUCCACGACUGAAGACCAGCAACCUCGAAUGAAUGGAAGUUUCCCCGAGGACGAUCAAUGGAAAAAGACUGGUUGGGCACCUCGCUUCGAGCUAAAGGACGAACACGAAGAUGCAACCUUGAUAACCGAUCACCAGACUUUUCUCGAAGGCAAGCUUGAUGAUAAGUUCUUUGGGGAUUGGUACCAUAACGCUGCAGUUAUUGUCUUUGCUUGCCUCGCAUCCUGGCUGGUGGCUAUCUGCGGAGGUGGGCUUGCAUGGGUGACGAUUGUCAUGGCUAUUUGUGGCACUUACUACCGAACAUCAAUCCGAAGAACACGCAGAAAUUUCCGAGAUGAUAUUACCAGGGAGUUGGCCAAAGGUCGUCUUGAAUCAGACCAUGAAUCUUUGGAGUGGAUGAACAGCUUCUUGGUCAAGUUCUGGCCCAUCUUCGCGCCUAAUCUCGCGACCAGCAUCGUCCAAUCUGUUGAUCAGGUCCUCAGCACUUCUACACCAGCGUUCCUCGACAGUAUGCGCAUGGAGACGUUCACUCUUGGAACGAAGCCACCUCGAAUGGAACAUGUCAAGACCUAUCCUAGGGAAGAUCCUGAGAUUGUAAUGAUGGACUGGAGAUUCAGCUUCACUCCCACCGACACGAUGGACAUGACAGCCAGACAGCUCAAGAACAAGAUCAAUCCCAAGGUUGUGCUUGCCAUUCGCAUUGGAAAAGCAAUGGUCAGUAAGUCCAUGAAAAUUAUUGUCGAGGAUUUCGCCUUCUCCGGCAUAAUGCGUGUCAAGAUGAAGCUUCAGCUGCCUUAUCCAUACGUCGACCGUAUUGAUAUCUGCUUUCUCGAAAGACCUGAGAUCGACUAUGUCUGCAAACCUCUAGGUGGCGAGACAUUAGGCUUCGAUAUCAACUUCAUACCAGGUCUGCAAAGCUUCAUUAUGGAACAAAUUCAUGCCAAUCUUGCACCGAUGAUGUAUGCACCAAACGUCUUCCCUAUCGAGGUUGCCAAGAUGCUGUCAGGUAAUCCUGUGGAUCUUGCCAUUGGUGUGGUGGCCAUCACUUUGCAUGGUGGUCACGGCUUACGCAACCCAGACAAGUUCUCAGGCACCCCUGAUCCCUAUGUCGUUGUGUCUAUCAAUGGCAGAAACGAGCUUGGCCGAACUCAGACGAUACAUGAGAAUGCGGAUCCACGUUGGAACGAGACACUGUACAUCAUCAUCACCAACUUCACAGACGCUUUGACGCUGCAAGUGUUCGACUUCAAUGAACUUCGAAAGGACAAAGAGCUGGGCGCUGCAACCUUUCCUCUUGAGAGGCUUGAGUCUGUGGCUGAGCAUGAAAGCGAGCACUUGGAAGUUAUCGCUGGAGGCAAGCAACGAGGCGUGCUCAACUGUGAUGUUCGAUUUUUCCCCGUGCUCGAGGGCGGCAAGGAUGCAGAGGGCAAUGCUCUGCCUGCGCCCGAGUCAAACACUGGCAUUGCUAGACUAACAAUUGAACAAGCCAAGGAUCUGGACUCUUCCAAGAGUAUGGUCGGAGCUCUAAAUCCUUAUGGCGUGCUGCUGCUCAAUGGCAAAGAGGUGCAUAUCACCAAGAAGCUAAAGAGAACAAACAAUCCGAUUUUUCCUGAACCCAGCACUUCAGUCCUGGUCACGGAUAAGAGGAAGGCUCGAAUCGGACUUGUCAUCAAGGAUGACCGAGACUUGGCCACAGACGCUGUCCUGGGAACCUACCAGAUUAAACUAGAUGAUAUGCUCACACUGAUGCAGAAAGGACAGGAAUGGUUCAACCUCCACGGUACGCAGUCAGGUCGUGCCAAGCUUAUGGUUGAAUGGAAACCUGUCGCUCUCACUGGCGUCACCAGUUCCGGUGGUUACAUUACCCCAGUUGGUGUGCUUCGAGUUCACAUGCAGAAGGCUUCCGACCUCAGGAACCUGGAGACUCUCGGUAAAUCGGACUCAUAUGGCCGAGUAUUGCUUAAUGGUAUCCCAAAAGGACGAACCGUUACAUUCAAGAACAACCUUGAACCUACCUGGGAUGAAGUCAUCUAUGUCCCAGUCCACACAAUUCGUGAACGUAUCACGCUCGAGGUUAUGGACGAGGAGAAGUUGGGUAAGGACAGGUCGUUAGGUCAAAUCGAUGUCUCCCUGGCAGACUACAUCAAGGAGAACGAGCAGGACGGUGGCUAUCUUGUGCAUGAUACUAGGCAAGUCUUCAAUGAUGGCUUGAGAUUGCAAGGAAAAGGUGGCGCGAAAGGAGUUCUUUCCUACACUGUAUCGUUCUUCCCAACACUUAACGUGAUAGACCCAGAAGAAGAGAAGGAAGAACAGGAGACAGCGCUGCCAGAAGUGUCGACCAGUGUGAACGGAUCGGCGCCCGGCGUGGAAGGACAAAAAAGUUUAGAAGCUGCCGGCAACCUCUCAGUUCCUGUUGACCGUACAGAAAGCAUUGCAGCUCCUUCUGUCAAGGCGCCAUCGCUACAAGAAUCAGUGUCGCUAGAGAAGAAGCAACCACCCAAGAUACGUAUGACUGUGGACGACCUACCUAAAUACGAGUCUGGUCUAUUGGUGUUCAAGCUCAUUGAAGGAAACUUCCAGCACAAGAACGUCAUGCUUGAGAUCGUUAUGGACGAUCACAUUUUCCCAUCGUACUCCUCCGGCAAAGUUCGUCAACAGCACCACACAUUCGGCGAAACAGGAGAUGCGUUUAUACGAGAGCUUGACUGGUCACGUAUCACGUUGAGAGUGGUUGAGAAGGUUGAUAAGGAAGGUGACGAUGGCGAAGACCAUGUCAUCGCAAAGCUGACCGGACAAACGAUACAGGUCUUGUCACAAUGCUUGUACACACCUACAGAAUUGACCAUACGUGGCGACGAUGGAGGUGUAAGCAAAGUGACUGUUAGCCUCAGAUUCUUGCCUGUGCAAAUGAACCUUGACCCCAGCGAAAGCAUUAACAACAUGGGCACGCUUCGUGUCGAUGUACUGGACGCGGCAGAGCUACCUGCAGCUGAUCGCAAUGGUUAUAGCGAUCCUUAUUGCAAAUUCAAACUCAACGGCAAGGAGAUUCACAAGACAAAAACUCAAAAGAAAACUCUACAUCCUGCAUGGAAUGAAACGUUUGAGACGUUGAUCUCUUCAAGGACUGCGGCAGACUUCCGUGUCGAUAUCUACGACUGGGACUUUGGUGACAAGGCUGACUUUCUGGGUGGCGCGAACAUUAAGCUUGCAGAGCUGAAGCCUCUCGAAGCGAAAGAGUACACAUAUCCUCUGGAUGGCAAGUCUGGUGUCAUUCGCCUUAAGAUGGUGUUCAAGCCCAGUUACAUUACUCGAUCGCGGCAAGGCACGUCCACUUUCCAAGGAACUUUUGCCCCAGCUGGCAAAGUAGUAGGUGCACCAGUGAAAGGUGUAGCCAAGGUUGGUGGAGGAGUGGUCAAGGGUGCUUCGUUCCUCAAACGCAACUUCACGCACAGAGGUAGCAAGGAUGAGCCCGAGUUGGCUGUGAACGGAGUUCGAGAAGGUAGUCCUGUACCUGACGUGCUCGAGGCACCAGCGACACCUGCUAGGAGCAUGGCGUUGAGUGACAACAAUUCACCAAUGGCCCCUGUGUCAACACACAACCGACAUUCGAGCUAUACAUCGACCACUUUCGCUGGAGGUGCUCAGGGCACUGACAGCGGAACGGCACAUUUCCUCAUCGUUUCUGCUUCAGGCUUCCCUGAGAAGGCUGACGUUCAAGUUCACGUCAGUAUGAAAGGCGCCAAGGGCAAGACGAAAGAACUUUACAAGACAAAGCAUCUCAAACCUAAGGACGGUCUUGUCAUGUUCGGCGAAGACGAGAAUUUCAAGGUGGCUUGCGCUGCUGACACCACGUUCCAGAUGGUUGUCAAGGAUCAUGAAGUUUUCCGUGACAAGGAGCUCGGGGAAGGUAUGUUUUUCGUCUCCGACCAGGGAAGUGGCUCUGAACAGACAGUCAAUUGUGGUAGUGGUACGGUUGUAAUCCGCAGCAGCUUUGCACCUGAAUCCGGUGUAAACAGUGGUAUUGCAGAUGCUUCACUGCUGAGGCCGAGUACGAGUGGUGCAGAAAGUCCUGUAUCACGAAAGGAAGGAGGACCUAGGCGGAGUUUCUUCGGAAAGCGAGACGCGAGUGGAAGGAUAGAGCCUGCCUAG